UUCCAAUCUAUUAUUAAAAUAUAAUUUUGUGUCGAUGUUUCACUAGACCAAAGUUUGAAAAAUGAAAAACUUGUCGAGUAGUUUGUCAUAUGACUAUUACUGGAGAGAUUAUACAGGUGAGAUACCAGGAGACGCUAUCGAAGGUGGACGAGACGUAAAUAACAAGGUAACAUAUAUCGGUCAGGUUUUUGUUAAAAAUCACGGACUUAUUCCGGUUACAAUAUAUCCAGGCAAAACAUCUGUCGCAGCGGCUAUACAUGGAGUACACAAUUUCAAUAACCACAUAAAAAUCCUGUGCAGUUCCUCCAAACAAAAUUUCAAAUGGGUUCCCGCAGAUGCGAAAACUCUCCACGCAAAAAUGAUUAAGAAACAUUUAGUACGGGGUGGAGUGGAACAUGACUUAAUAAGCAAUAUCGGCAGAAUAUCGUAUCAGGGUGAGGUAAUAGUCUCCAAAGUUUGUGGCUAUAAAGUUGGAGAUGCUAAACUCUAUUUUCCUGCUGGAAAUAAAGAAACAAAUGUUGAAUCCUAUGAAGUUUUGAUGUAUGAUAAUUAAUUAGAUUGAAUUAGUUAUUUAUUAUUGUUUUCAUACAUACAGUAGUUUAUAAAUAAAAUGUUAAGGCUUCAA